UGGGAGCGGAGCGCCGGAGCUCUCGGCGGGCUGGAGCGCGGGCCGGGGCCGCCUAGAUCAAGAGGCAACUGCCAUUGAAAGAUACUGAGUGGCUGUUUCCAAGACAGCAAGCAUAAGGGAAGCUGCCAGAAGUAUUGACCGAAGCUUAAAUUACCUAAAUGUCAAAUAAUGGUCUCCACCUGCCAAAGAAGGUUGUGGUUGCCAAGAGAAAGGUAACCAUUUCUCAUCCCCUCGAGUGGAAUUGGAUGCCUCUAGGAGCCCACAUUGGUUGGCAGUAGACAUGGCUGAAUUUGCAAGCUACAAGGAGACUGCUUCCAGCCGCCACUUGCGGUUUAAGUUACAGAGUCUAAGCCGCCGCCUUGAUGAGUUGGAGGAAGCCACAAAAAACCUCCAGAAAGCAGAGGAUGAGCUCCUGGAUCUCCAGGACAAGGUGAUUCAGGCAGAAGGCAGCAACUCCAGCAUGUUGGCUGAGAUUGAAGUGCUGCGCCAGCGGGUGUUGAGAAUUGAAGGUAAAGAUGAGGAAAUUAAGAGAGCAGAGGAUCUGUGUCAUUUGAUGAAGGAGAAACUUGAAGAGGAGGAAAACCUAACUCGGGAGCUGAAAUCUGAGAUUGAACGGCUUCAGAAACGAAUGGCUGAAUUAGAGAAGCUAGAGGAGGCCUUUAGUAGGAGUAAGAAUGACUGUACCCAGCUGUGCCUGAGCCUGAAUGAGGAGAGAAAUCUGACCAAGAAAAUCUCCUCUGAGCUGGAAAUGCUGAAAGUCAAAGUGAAAGAACUGGAAUCUUCUGAGGACCGCCUGGAUAAAACUGAGCAGAGUUUAGUGUCAGAGUUAGAAAAGUUGAAAUCAUUAACUCUGAGCUUUGUAAGUGAGAGAAAAUACUUGAAUGAAAAGGAGAAGGAAAAUGAGAAAUUGAUAAAAGAACUCACUCAAAAAUUAGAACAGAACAAAAAAAUGAACCGAGAUUAUACAAGGAAUGCUUCUAAUCUGGAAAGAAAUGACCUACGGAUUGAGGAUGGUAUCUCUUCUACACUGCCGUCCAAAGAAUCAAGAAGGAAGGGCACUCUGGACUAUCUAAAGCAGGUAGAGAACGAAACAAGAAAUAAAUCAGAAAAUGAAAAGAACCGAAAUCAGGAAGACAACAAAGUCAAAGACCUUAACCAAGAGAUUGAGAAACUUAAGACGCAAAUCAAACAUUUUGAAUCUUUGGAAGAAGAGCUUAAGAAAAUGAGGGCCAAAAAUAAUGACCUUCAGGAUAAUUACCUAAGUGAACAAAAUAAAAACAAAUUCUUAGCCAGGCAGCUGGAGGAAAUAAAGCUACAAAUAAAGAAACAGAAAGAGUUAGAAAACGGGGAGGUAGAAGGGCAAGAUGCUUUCCUGUCCAGCAAAGGCAGACAUGAGAGGACUAAGUUCAGAGGCCACGGGAGUGAGGCAUCUGUGUCCAAGCACACAUCCCGGGAACUGUCUCCUCAGCAUAAGCGGGAAAGGCUCCGAAACAAGGAGUUUGCUCUCAACAAUGAAAACUAUUCUCUCGGCAACAGGCAGGUUUCCUCUCCCAGUUUCAUCAAUAGGAGGGCAGCAAAAGCUUCUAAUAUGGGGGCAGGUACAGACAGUGGGACUCAGGAAACAAAGAGAACUGAAGACCGAUUUGCAUCUGGAUCCUCUCAGAGCGAAGGGAAGAAGUCCAGGGAGCAGCCAUCGGUACUUAGCCGCUAUCCCCCAGCUGCUCAGGAGCACAGUAAAGGUUGGAAGGGGACUCCCAAGACGGGCACUGAGAGUGGAUUGAAGGGAAAAGUAGAGAAGACAACACGAACAUUUAGUGACACUACUCAUGGAUCUGUUCCCAGUGACACACUGGGUAGAGCUGACAAGGCUUCUGAUACCUCUGAGGCUGUCUUUGGCAAGAGGGGACAGGCGCCUGGCAAUGGAAGUCAAAUAACUCAGGCUGCAGACUCUGGCUGUUCUAAGGCCAUCGGAGCUCUGGCUUCAUCUCGAAGAUCCUCCUCAGAAGGGCUCUCUAAAGGCAAAAAGGCUGCCAAUGGCCUGGAGGCUGAUACCAGUUCCCAAAAUUCUAAGGCUCCUAUUUUAUCAAAGUAUCCUUAUAGCUCCAGAAGCCAAGAGAACAUCCUCCAGGGCUUUUCAUCCCCAAAUAAAGAAGGAGUUGAUCAACCCAUAGCAGUUAUGAUGGAAGACAGCAGUCAACAUGAAGCCUUGAGGUGUCGAGUCAUCAAAUCCAGUGGCAGAGAGAAGCCAGACUCAGAUGAUGACUUGGACAUAGCAUCUCUUGUUACUGCCAAGCUGGUAAACACAACCAUCACUCCAGAGCCAGAGCCCAAACCACAGCCUAACUCCAGGGAAAAGGCCAAAUCCCGAGGGGGACCUAGGACCUCCCCAUUUGAGAAUGAUAAAGAUACUGGAAUAGAAAAUGAAUCUGUGAAAUCUGUCAGAGCAUCCACCAAUGCCGUGGAAUUCCUAGAUGCCAAUGGUGCUGGGGUAAAAAGCCAAAGGCCAUUUAGCCCCAGAGAGGCCUUGCGGUCUAGAGCUGUCAUCAAACCUGUUAUCAUUGAUAAGGAUGUGAAAAAAAUCAUGGGAGGAUCUGGAACUGAGGCUUUGUUGGAGAAACAGAAACCUACCUCCAAAACAGGGCCAAACAAAGUGACAAGCAGCAUUACUAUCUACCCCUCUGACAACAGCAGCCCUAGAGCCACCCCAGGCGAGGCCCCAAGGGAGAGGCACACGUCCACCAGCAAUAUCCAGGUUGGGCCGCCAGAGCUCACAUCGGUUAGCAACCAUGUCAACUCCCCCUUUGAGCUCUCCAUUCAUAAACAUGAUAUCACCCUGCAGCUCACAGAAGCUGAGAGAAUGGGAGAUGGGCCCCUUAAGAACAGGCCAGAAACAGUGGUCUCUCGGAGCAGCAUUAUAAUCAAGCCGUCGGACCCUGUGGAGAGGAAUAGCCAUGCACCCCCAGCGGAGACAAUCAGGUGGAAAAGCCAUAAUGUCCCUUCAGAAGUGGGCUCCUCAGAUGCCAGACACGUUACUGUGCGGAAUGCCUGGAAGAGUAGGCGAGACUUGAAAUCUUUAGAAGACCCCUCAACUCGAAUAGGUAAAAUCAUGGAACCCACCAAUGCCUACAUCCAGAGGUCUUCCACAGACAUCUCAGAACUUGAACAGCCCAGAUCCUACCUUUUGGAGCAGGGCAUUCGAAGGGUAGGAAAUUCAGGGGAUGCCCCCGAGCUCUCCUCCAGAAGGACCCAAAGUAGCCUCACUGUGUCGGAGGUGCUCACCCGUCGGAAUCGGGUAGGAGACACUGUCAUGGCUGCAGCCUGGAACCACUCAGCAGGCACAGAGGAAGGUGAAGACUGCACACUCAGUGUCUACAAGCGACUGCACAAUUCCCUGGAACAGUCAGAACUGCCCACGAAGCAGGGGCUGCCAGAGUCUGGACGAGUACGGGCCGAGGAACGAUUACGGCCAACCAGGCCCUGUGCUGAGGAAAACUGAGCUAGCUGGAUGAGGUCUGCUGUCUCUCCUCUGCUCCUGCUCUUCCACCUUCCUGCCCUAUGAAGGAUCUAAGGCCAGUUGACCAGGCUAGACACAAGGCCUUGGCUGGGAGAGACCAUAAGAGAGCCAGGCUAUGGCUCAGGUCAUUUUUGCCAGUUGGCCAGAGGGAAUCAGACUACAAGCUGGACAGUCACCCAGGCCCAGCCUUCCCUGAUGCAUGAGUCCUCUUUCCUUGUCCCUGUCCCCCAGGUAGUAUGGAUCAUCCUGGCCCCUAAAUGGGGAAAGAUGUAGAAAUCCCCCACCAUACGGCAGCAGUCAAAAGCUCUUCUCUGCUCCUUGGUGGGUUGUUUCUGUAUCACAGAGCAGCCCCUUGUCUGUGUGGUUAAAGUUCUGAUUUCUUAGUGUCCUCACCACAUCUAAUUCACUCCUUGUCUGCCCUAAGAGCUCAAAUACCAAGACUUACCAGCCAUCAGCUCCAUCUAGGGGGCUUUCCUUAGACUUUUAAAGCAGAAGAGGGCUGUGCUGCCUCAAAGGGCUGGAUUAUGGGACUACGCUUUAGGUUAAAGUUUGUCUGACCUGGCCCUGGCUGGCCAUUGGUUCCUGGGGCCAGAGCUUGCAGAUACCCAUUGGAAUGACAUCAUCCCUCCCCAACCCCAGCUCUCCUGCUCACCUUCAAAGGCACCUGGAAGUGCACAAGCCAUGUGCAUCUCCUUCCCUGGGCACCAGUAAUGCUGCUGGCAUCGCCUGUUCUCUCUCCUGUGGCUGGAGACUUCAGGCUGACUUCAUCAUUUCCACCUUAGGAAACUCCCUCUAAGCUGGGCCUGACCUAGCAUACUCUGCCUUUGAGGAAGUGCCCAGCAAAGGGGAAAGCAGACUGGAAGAAGCAACUUCCCUUUAGUCACUCCAUAAGCAAUAGCUCCAUGAAAGGCAUGGACUAUGAGAAUACUCCCUCCUGUUCCUCCUUCAUCCCCCAUGGAGGAGGCAUUGCACUUUACCAAGCUGAUGCAUUCCUACGGAAGUGGGCCCGUGAUUUCUGCAAGUUGACUAUCACGAUGAUGACUUCAUUGGAGGAAAGAUGAUACAUGCCCAUUGAGGGCCUCAGGUUUAUACAGUUGACAAUGCAGCAAACCUUUCAGGAAGCCACAUAAAUAAAAAUUGGUUAGUUUCCUUAUACCAACCAAUCACUUGGGGAAGUCAAAAAGAAUUGGAUGUUUUGGCACUGCUUUUUCUAUAGCAUUCUCUCAAUUCAAAGAAGGGAUCCCCUUUCAAAGGCUACCUUUAUAAAGCACAUGCAAUUGCCUUCAUAGCGAGAGCAUUAGGAGGCUGGAAAACUGCAUUUUUUCCCCAUGGCUUUGUUACUUCAUUGUUGUGUGACCCUGGGCAAGUCAUUGUCCUCUUGGAGCCCCAGUUUCCCAGUCUGUAAAAUGAGUUCUUUGAAAUGGAUGGUGUCUAAGGGCCCCACAUCCGGUAUUCUAAGGUUUUUCUGUUUUUACUGUCCAGUGUGUGAUGAUUCCUGCUUUUGGAAGGAUCAUCCACGUGGGUUUGGGGAAUGUGUCUUCCCUCCUGCCUGCGAUUGUUUUCCUGGGCCUUAUGUUUUCUAGUUUCCCCAUGUUUUAAUCUCAUGGGGAUGAGCUUAGAGAAGUUCCCUAGGCCUCAGUUUUCCAGUCUGUAACGUGAAGGGAUUAGGUUAGAUGGUCUCUGAGGCCCUUUGUGGCAUCAGCCUUGCCCAGUGCCACACAGUUAUCUUCUGGUUUUCAGGCGAGGGUGCUUUCCAUGACACAAGUCUGUGUCUCUCCUGUUCUUGUGCAUCUCCUGUGACUUCCUGGCAAGAGGAAGACUCAAGACUUCCUCAAGAGGAAUCUGAGUCAUUUUCUCUGUCUCCACCCAGCAUGGGAACCAGUAUUCAUCCUGCCCUUGUCUGCAUCAGACUUGGCAAUCCCGAUGGGGGCGCACCUACCUUACUCUCAGAGACAGCAAUGUAUUGCUCACACUUCUAUUUUCCGGAGUUUUGCCAAUCUAAGGGCAUUGUCACAUGGCUUGCCUUUCUUCUCCACAUCCCCACCUCAGAUGCUCAACUUAAGAUGCUAUUUUCAAAAUUUCUUCCUGCUGCUUCUCCUUAGUCACUGGCCAGAAACUAGCUCCCUUAAGGUGCAACCCUUCACUUGCAGCCCCCCUGCUAUUCUCCUUCACUGGCUACAACCCUGAGUUCAAAGGAGAUCGACCUCUGUGGUGGUCAUCUGAAGGCAUAGGAAAUUAAGUCUGUGGCUCUUCUCUGCUUGAAACAGAAGGGCGCCGGGCGCCAAGCCAUGCUUAAAAAGAUCUCACAAUAAUAAUUCUUGUCUUUGGGUAUUGGAGCCCUGGAUUCUGGUGCUGUAGCUCCUGGUGCCAAAGUCUGGAUCUUUCCACAGUUCAGCAGCACCAAUGUGUGCUGCUAUUCAAGACGCUCUGUGGAAGAGGACACAGCUGUGGUGCCCUUUGCUGGGGCUGCCAUCUUGAAAUCUGAGUGCAAUAGGGUUUGAUUGUUAACAAUUAUUUCAGGAUAAAUAUUUUGUUUCUUUAAUCUGCACAUUUUCUAGAACCGUUGUAAAAUAGGUUUUAUUUUUAAAUGUCCUCAGCAUUGCAGACAAUAACAUUGUAAUAGCAAGUGAAGGCUGGAGGCUUAGUUCCUCUGGGCUUCAAAUGGCUGGCAAGGCUGGCUCUCAAAUUCCAAAGUUGGAAGGCACGUUUCUGAGAAGCAACCAAGGUGUGACUGUUUGGACCCAGGCCCCGUGAUCAGAGGUCCUGGAGGAAGCCUCCAAAGACAGGGGCGACCUGGUAGUUGAAUAGUUAUCUAAUCAAGCCAAAUAUCCCACUGUCCUAGCCAUCAAACCCACUGUUAUGACAAGCCGCUUCUGCAGCUUGGCUCUAACUCUUAAAUUUUACCAGCAGGUGUGUGGUUUUGGAGGGUUCUAGUGAGGUUGGGGAACCUGGCACUAGAGCUGCUUGGUUGGAACAAGUAGAGCUGGCGAAAUGCCAGCAGCUAGUCUCUGCCACCUCUUGCCAGUCAUACUAAAACAACCAGAGAAAGCUGGUGGUGGACAAAGCAGCUGUUAACAGCGUGGGUUAAAGGGAUCUGCAGUGGGGCCAAGGAGCCAACCUCCAAUGCAGGCAAGCUUGCACAUAAAUCAUCCCCCUUUCAUGGGGUGCUAGGGAUUGGGGGGUGGGGGGAGUGUCUAUAGUGUUCUUGGACAUGUUGUCCUGGGGCAGUUUUAGUUCUUUAUAGUUAGUGGUCAGUGCCAAGUGUCACCACUUCCCAGUAAAGGAACGGGGGACCCAGAGGCAGGGUCCUUGGCUGCCUUUGUUGGUAUGGGUUUUUUUUGUUGUUGUUACUCUGACAAGACUGCUUGGAAGAGCUGCUUUUAGGGAUUAUCUUUUGAAUACCCCAAGUGGGGAACAGGCUUCUCAAAGCCUCACAACCAAGAUCAUAGGAAAGGGGCCCUAUUUUCCUGCUGCUUCACAGCUCAGAACAUAUACUGAAUGGAAUGUAUUUUUAAGAGAAUAGUCUAUUUUUUUGUAUUUUAAAGAUUGCGAGGGCUAGGAAAGUAGUCCUCAAAUAAAACUGUUAUUGCAUUAUAGGCCCCUCUGCUGGGGGCAUUAGUCUGUUGGUCCACACCUACUUGCUUGGGCAGGUGCUCUGGUCUCAGAGCCCUGCCCCUGGAGUCUAGGUGCAGCAGCUUCUACAUUCCUGCUCCAAGCAUGGGACCAAGGAGGCCAGAACCUGUCACUGGAAACCAGGGCAUAGCCGUGAGCAGUGGCUCAGGGCUCCUUGGGUGCAUGUAUAUAGUUGAAGCUGCCUGUCUGCAUGUAUCCUCUGGCUCUAAUGCUCUCUGUUGGCUCUGCAGCACAAUAUGUAACCAAUAAAGCUCCCUAGUUUCCAUAU